AUGUACACAGUCGGAGCGGCAAUCGCGUCUACUUUCCAGUGCCGAAAUCCAUCCGAUUCGUUUUCCACCGACGGCUACCUCGCGCAAUUCGAUCGUAACCCUCAAACACAAGCACCGAAAUCCCAGUGUUACGAUCCGAUCAAGCUUUGGGUCUUCUCCGCAGUAGCUAAUCUUACAAGUGAUGUAUUCAUCAUGCUCCUACCCAUUCCGGCACUGCUAAGCCUCCGGGUGCCUAUGACCAAGCGACUUGCACUCAUUGGCAUCUUCUCGAUCGGGAUCAUGGCCAUUGUUGCAUCUUCUAUCCGUAUGUGGGUCAUGAUGCUAUGGGCAGAAUCACCUUGGAACUCAGCAAAGUUCGGCGCUGACCUCUUACUCUGGGGCCAAGUCGAGACUAACAGCGGCAUCAUCUCGGCAUCCGUGCCUUUUCUUCGAAUGCUUUUCAUCAGCAAGAAGAAAGAGGAGCGCGGCGUGUCAGAUCGAAGAGUGGUGGGUGCUAGUCCGGUCAAUCCCAUGCGCGUCGGACCCGUCAGCCAAAAUCAACCGCUGGAGAAACCCCUCGAGGUCGAUACCUGGGCUGUAGCAGAGACGGAGAAGCGGGGAGGUCCAGCAUGGGGGCCGUUCAUCACCGUACCGGAAAGUCUAAGUUCAAUAGACAAGAAGAGUAUCGAGUUGGAUCACGAGAAGCGACAUCAUCCUCUCGAGACAGUCUAG